GUCCGCCAUUUGACAAUCUUGUCUUUUGUGGUUUGGUCAAAUCUUUCGUUUCCGUUUGUUUAUUGUUCUCUUGCAUUUGUUUUAUGUUAAUGUUACCAAACAUAUAGCUUAAUAAACAUUACUGCAACUCUACGACAUAGAUAUUCCGCGUAACUAAAAUUUUACGUAUUACAAAAAAAAUACUUUUAUUUGUAUUAAAAUACAAUCUGUGACCAAUUUAAAUACAACGUUUAUUCCCGAAUAAUGUAUUUACGAGUUUGAAGAAAAUCGUUUUGCUUUUCGAUGUUGAUGUGCCUGCACCCUGCACGCGGAAUUACAAACACAAAAGAAGAUAGUGCGAAUGACUUAAUAUUUUAAGAAUUUAUUUUAUAUUAAAGACUUUUUUUUUUGGAAGUUUUGAUUUUGAAAACUAUUUGACGAUUCAUAAAUGGCUGAAAGUCAGGGAGCUGGAGCUGGUAACUGGUGUUUGAUUGAAAGUGAUCCAGGCGUUUUCACGGAAUUAAUUAAAGAAUUUGGUGCCAGAGGCGUACAGGUGGAAGAACUGUGGAGCUUAGAUGCUGAGCAGUUCGAAAAUUUGAAGCCUAUUCAUGGUCUGAUAUUCCUCUUUAAGUGGGUGAAAGAUGAUGAGCCAUCUGGAUCUGUUGUCCAAGACAGCAGGUUAGAGAAGAUAUUUUUUGCAAAGCAGGUGAUCAAUAAUGCAUGUGCCACACAAGCGAUCCUGAGCAUCAUUUUGAACUGCAAGCAUCCAGACCUCUUACUCGGACCCACGCUGACUGACUUUAAGGAUUUCUCUGCGAGCUUCGAUGCGAGCAUGAAAGGACUGGCCCUUAGCAACUCGCAGGCGAUACGAGCGUGUCAUAAUUCAUUUGCGUCGCAGACAUUGUUUGAAUUUGACUCGAAAGUUACACCAAAAGAUAAUGAAGUGUAUCAUUUUGUGAGCUACGUGCCCAUAGAUGGACGGCUGUAUGAGUUGGAUGGCCUGAAAGAUGGACCAAUUGACUUGGGUGCAAUCCCACCUGGCACCGAUUGGCUGGAUGUCGUUCGGCCGAUCAUCGAAAAACGAAUUAAAAGGUAUAAUGAAGGUGAAAUUCACUUUAACCUGAUGGCUAUAGUAUCCGACAGAAAAGCCAACUACGAGAAGAAAAUAGCUCAAAUUCAAAAGAAGAUAGAGGAAAGUGGUAUGGACACAGAUGUGCAACAAUCGGAAAUAACCAAACUUCAGUUAUUGAUAAAGCACGAAGAAGCGAAGAUGGCUCGGUAUAAGGUAGAAAAUAUUCGUAGGAAGCACAACUACCUGCCGCUGAUUGUCGAGAUUUUGAAGCUGUUAGCCAAGGAUGGUAAGUUGUUGCCAUUGUACGAGAAGGCAAAAGAAAAAGCUAUUAUAAAGGCAACAAGAAAAGAGGAAAAGAAGGCUUAACAAAAUAUCCAAAUUUGUAACCAUAGACGAAAAUGAAUUCUUUUGUAAAAAAAAAUAAUCUAUUUGUACAUUGAGACCUUUUCAAUAAAAAAAAAAUGUUGAAUAGUGAAA